GCCGCCGGCUGUUUGGUGCCAUGACGUGAGAAAAAAUCCCCUUCUCGUCCACACAUCCACGCUUCCACUCUCCCGCGCCCCGACCCUGCCUCUCUUUCCCCCCCUCACACCGUUUUCUCCUCAAUCUUCAUUCUCGAGUACGAUGUGAUACCAAGGCACGCCUCUCUAUUUCUCUCUCUCUCUCUCCAGUUCCUGCGACCUGUACCAAAUCAGCUCCGACAGCCUCGGCAAAUCCUCAUUUUAUUCCUACCACCGUCAUGGCACCCAAAUCUUCAAAGGUCGCUCACGACGACACAAAGUCCGAGAACACAAACACCAAAGAGAAGCACACGUCUGGUUCUGGUGGUCACUCGAACGGCAAGCUUCGUCGUGUGGCCAGCUCGACGGGUUCUCAAUUGCGAGAAGUUACAAAUGCCAACGCUCCUGCGGAUGCUCCCACCACGGCCAAGGAGGCUGCUCAAAAUCCAGGCAUUCAAUGGAAAACCUUUGAGCGAGACACACUCCAUGCAUACCGUCGCGAGCAUCACCUCAAUACUCCUACCUCUUUCUCGUGCUCGUACCGUCAAUUGGUUCUUUCGCGACCUGGCGGAAUUGGCCUACACUCCCCAACGAUGGCUCGAAAGAAGGAGAAUAGACGGCAGAGCAAGGAACAAUUAGCGAUGACGGUGCGGAAACACUUCAACGGUGUCGGAAUACAAGAAAACGAUGUCAUCGUCGACUUUAUUCACAAAGUCAGGAGCCACGCCAUAACCAAAAGCGACCGCCACCGAAAAUCGAAUUCGAAAUCGCACGACGCUUAAAGACCUUAAUGACGGAAUGACUACUUUUUGGGAUUUACACGCAUCGAACGAAGUUGGUUGACGGGUACACUUGUGUCACCGGAGCAUAGAGCCACGCCGGCCGUUUGGGCGAUUUCGGACUGCAUAAUGAUACCUCACCGUGGGCAGGAAACCCCCAUGACGAUAGACGACAAAGACCAGAUCCUUUGUCUCAAAUUUUUUACUAAUUUUUUUUUUUUUUUUUACAUGGCUAUGAUCUAUCACAGUAAUGAUAUAUGGAGUUUUGGAUCGGGAGAGUUUUCAGAAAUCUGCAAUUAUUUGGACACUGC